GAUUUCCUUUUUGGUUGAAGUAUGUGCCUGGCAUCGGCUUUAGAACAGAUAAUGAACCUUUCAAGGUCUCUCCCUCUCACUCACUGUGUGUGUGUGUGUGCGAUGGACAUUGUGAAGCCAACAAGAUAUAUGUUUUUGAUAAAGCCUUGACAUACUAAUUUGCAGAAACUUUUCUAUAAAUUUUUCCAUGAUUUUUUCAGUUAAUUGUUGGUGUUGCAGAUGGCAAUGCAGGGGUUCACCAAAACAAAUUGUCCAAAUGAUGAAGAAUGAAAAGUUAUUCGAGUCUCAAGGUGGCCCUAUCAUCCUCUCCCUCGUACAGCUUUAGGAUUGAGAAUGAGUAUGGGCUAGAAAGCAAGGCAUACGUUGCAGGUGGUUAUGCCUACAUGACUUGGGCUACAAAAAUGGGUGCUGAAUUGGAUACUGAGGUCCCAUGGCUUAUGUGCAAGGAGGACGAUGCCCCAGAUCCUGUGAUUUGUUACAUGGUCAUAGUUGCUCGGCUUUUAAAUCUUACUUUGGUUAUUCCAGAGCUAGAUAAGAGAUCCUUCUGGGCUGAUCCUAGUAUUCACUUAUUCAAACCAACUUGUGGUAAUCCAUGUGCAACAACUUUGAGGACAUUUUUGAUGUGA